AUGUCUGAAUAAAGGCAGUCUAAUUAGGGCUCUCCAGAUACGGCGAAUCUUCGUCGGCGCAACACUUCUACAAAUAUUGAUCAUGAAAUCAUCCAUCCAGAGUCAAGAGUAAAUUAUGAAAGAUUUGACAGCACAAGUGACGAUCGCAAGGAUGAAAAACUAGUUUUCAAAUACAUUCAAAGAGUUGAAAUCAGAGAAUUGCAAAGACAUCUGAUAGAAACUGAGACAAGGUUUGAAAUAAUUGAAAUUUAUGACAGAUCUGGCUAUUCACCUUUGCAUUUCGCUGCUUAUAAGAACAAUGAAAAAAUGGCUGAGAUAUUAUGCUUGUUUGUGCUGGGUAGAUAUAAAAAUACUCUUUUGGAUGACAAUGAGAGAAUAAUAAGAGAAGCAACUUUAAAAGAGUGGGUAAAUAAGCAGAGCAGAGGUGAUGAAGGCUUCACUCCAUUGCAUUUCGCAUCAUUUCAUGGCAAUAUUUAACUGAUAAGAAUGCUGAUGAAGUAUGGAGCAAAUAUUGAAGCUAAAAAUAAGCUCGAUAUCAAUAUGCUUCAUGUGGCAGCACAAGGAGACCAACCUGCUUCACUUAAUUUUUUCAGACUUUAGGGCUUGGAUAUAAAUUCUAGAGAUAGAAAACAAAGUACACCUUUGCACUGGGCUGCAUUUUCUGGUGCUGAGCUCGCUCUUAGUUACAUACUUGCUUGGGAAGCAGAGGACAAUGAUGGCAAAACUCCUCUCGACAUGUGUGAAGAGUUAAGAACUCCUGCAAUGAGAAUCGAAAUAAAGAAACUUCUACUAUAAAAUGGUGGACUAUUUAAUGACAUUUUUAUGAUAAAGCCUCCUCUUAGAAAGACAGUCUAAUCUAGAAAAACCUUAUUUAUUUUCUUGAGCUUGAUGGUGCUAUCAUAUUUUGCAUUAACCUGCUUUAUUUUUCCAAAAAUUGACAACUUCAAUUUCAAGUUAAGCAUCUUAAUAACAUUUGCUGGUUGUAUGGUUUUCAGUUUAGUAUCUUGGCUUAAAGACCCUGGUUAUCUUUUAAGGGAUUAAAAUUUUUCAUUUAUGGAUUUGCUCGAAUAGUUCGAGCCAAAUGGUCUUUGUCCUGAUUGUUUAAUUAUUCGGACUCCUCGAAGUUUGAUCAUCACUGCCCUUGGAUCAAUAAUUGUCAAUGAUAUACCUGAUCCAAGUAUCCAAGGCCAAUCAAAUGAGGCAAAUAAUACUUAUCAAGGUAUCUCUAAUUAAAUUAACAAUAAUUCAGAUUAAAUCCCUGGUUGUUGUCCCUUUGAUAUAAACUAAAUGGACUACCCAAUGAAUGACUAUAUUUCUUUCGGGGUAUAAUGUGCAGUUUGCUGCUUCAGCUUUUGCUUUAUCUUUCCACUAGGCAUAUUAGUACUUAUAUAGAGCAUUAAUUUUGCGAGCGGGGAAACUACUGUUGAAAGACUAGGUAAAAAAUCUAAAAGAAAUAGAAACUCUUUAAUUAAUACUCCAAGGAAAAAACUCACAAUUGAAUAUUCAUUGAUGGAAGAGGAAAUUAAUAGGGAUAGGCGCUCCUGUCUACUAAAUUGUAGUGAUAUGCUUUGGAGAACAAGAGUGCUGUCAUAGCAAGAAAUUCUUUUGCAAUCUAGAGAGCUUCAUGAAUAAUUGAAUGGAGUUUGA